UCCAGGUUCAUCUUUCUUCCCCUCCAUUAUAUAUUUCUACUUUUCCUCUCAUACCUCGAUUAAUGCACACCUCAUAACUUAUAAAAAAUUUUCAUUAAAAGAAUUUCUAUCCAUUUAUCGACUAGAAAGCCGCGUGUUUGGCAUUUCUAAGAGACAACUUUGAAUUCAGAGACCAGGGGCCACACUUUGUUCGUUGAUCAGCCCAUAAAAAGCAUCAUGGGUGACGAAGAACUGCCAGCAGGAUGGGAAAAACGUCUGAGCCGCUCUACUGGCCAGCAUUAUUAUUUAAAUGUUCAUACGAAGGAGAGUCAGUGGGAUCGACCAGACAAGCCAGCUGCUCCUGGAAAUGGCAAGUCUGCAGAUGGGCCAGACGAGGUGGAAUGUUCUCACAUACUAGUCAAGCAUGUGGGCUCUCGUCGUCCCGCAUCUUGGCGGGAACAAAACAUAACCAGAUCCAAGGCUGAAGCUCUAGAGAUCAUUAAAUCUUACAGAGAACAAAUUGUGUCAAAAGAGGCAGAUUUUGGCGAACUGGCUGCCAAGUACAGCGAUUGCAGUUCCGCUAAACGCAACGGCAACCUAGGCCCGUUCGGUCGGGGUCAGAUGCAAAAGCCAUUUGAGGAGGCUGCUUUUGCCCUUAAAGUUGGCGAGUUGUCGCAGCCAAUCGACACCGACAGCGGUAUCCACAUCAUUGUUCGACAUGUUUAAAAUCAUUCGUCAUUAUUUUACAACUUGAUAAUCACUUUUUUAAUAAACAAUGAACCGGGUAAGAGUAAAUUAAUGAAGGAUUCGUGUAAGUCAUUGAAUUUUGCACCAAACAAGUUAAAUUCCCUUUAAUGGGUGUUGGCAAUUCGAUUUUAUUCUUUUUUGUUUAUUUUAAACUUCAUUACUGUUUACAUCUCAUUACAAUAGAUAAUUUUAAAUUUGCAAAAGGUAAUUUCUUUGGUGUUGAAUUGAUAGCGACAGUUUUUUUACUAUCAACAUAGUAGAUUAAGAAUUCUUUGAAAACAUCAUGAAUGAACUGAAUAAUUUUAACAUUUAUGAAUUAGUUGUAAAUAUACGAUAUUCACAAGUCCUAGACCUAAUAUUUUGUAUCUGUAAUCACAUUAAGCAGUUGUCAUUUCAUUUUAUCAUGAUAGCCAAAUUUAAAAUACUUCAACUUUUUGUUGUACCAAAAGAUUUCGUAUUAAAAAAAAUAUUUAAGAAAUCUUCUAAUAAUAAAAAAUUUUAACAAGUCGACUCAAUACGCUAAAAACCGACGUUGAAACCAGAGCUUCCCAUUGAUAACGUCAAGCUCAAGGGAGUUGCGCUCUGAGUUAACUAGGGAUUUAAAACGAAAUCGAACGAUUCCAAAUUAAUGGACUUGUAUAAGCUUUUGAAUGCGCUUGAUGACAUUUAAAUUUUCUAAGACUUUGGUUGUUAGUUGGAUAACGACGACGAUGCUAAUGUUGCCUGGCACAGAGCACGAGAAAUAAAUGAAUAAAUUCA